GCACCUGUUCUCAGCGAUUGGGAAGUGUUGUGUGCCACCGAGAUUAAGAGAUGUGGGACUGUACUUCAAUGUCAUGAGUGUCGUGCUGUCUGUCACAAAUAUGGAAAUGAUAGCCGGUGUCGAUUUCUGUUCCCUCAUGACAUUGUGGACAAAUCUUAUUUUGAUGCCGAGACGAACUCUGUGGUGCUGAAGUGCCUUGAUGGCAAUGUCAAUUAUUUCAAUCCCUAUAUACUCAUCUUUUGCCGGCACAACCAUGAUAUCAAGUGUAUUCUGUCGGGCAAAGGUGCAAAGGCAGCAAUGUUCUAUAUUUCAGAUUAUAUUACCAAGAUGGAUAUUAAGACAUAUGAGGUGUUAUCAUUGAUG